CCAUGAGCUGAGCUAAUGAGAAGAGAAGCAAGAGCAAGCCUCUCAGACGCAAGCACUGCACUCAUCUCAAUUAUUAUUUUGUCAGGAAGAGGACAGGAGGGAGUCGAGGAGGGAGAAAGUUUGUGUUUCACGUUAUUACUCUCUUUUUCGAAGAGGCAGGCGCAAACUCAAGCCGCUGCUACUCCCCAUCAGUGGACUACCUCCUGGGGGAGCUGGGGCCCGGACUGGGCUGGGCUGGGCUGGGCAGGGCAGAGCAGGGCCCCUGGGCGGGGAAGGCGGACAACUAGAGCUCUGCCCCUGCAGACAGGCCUGCCUGGCUCUCCCUCCGCCCGCCUGGCCGCCUCCUCCUGGGGCGGGCCGCCCCCACGCUCCCCCGCCAGGGGACGGAUGGCCUGGUUCCAAACUCACUGGGCCCCACUGCCCUGCACCCACAUUGCAGGGGGAAGAAGAGGAGAUGCUCGACCGCCCUCACCACCAGGGGCUCCUACCCCAGGAGAAUGGAAGGGCCGGGGUUCCAUCCUACCUCCGACCCGGUACAUGUUGGCCGCCAUGUCCGCCCGCCCGCCCGCCGAGCCCGAGCCCAAGCCGGAGCUGGAGCCGGAGCCGGAGCCGGAGCCGGAGCCGGAGCUAGAGCUAGAGCUAGAGCUGGAGCCGGAGCCUGAGCCCGAGCUGAGCCCCGCCCGCCGCCGCGGCCGCUUCAGCCUCAGACGCCUCCGCCUUCGCAGCUUGCUGCUGCUGGUAAUGCUGCUGCUGCUGGUAAUACUGCUGCUGCUGCUGUUGCUGCUGCCGCUGCUGCCGUUGCUGCCGCUGGCCGCCGCCGCCACCGCCGCCUCAACCGAGGGGAGGGGGAAGGGUAGAGGAGCGGGGUGAGAGAGGAGGUAGAGGAGGGGGAGGGGAAGGAAAGGGAGGGGGGAAAACGGCCCGCCCCCCGGGCCCUUGACGGGUUAAUAGGGCCCUGCCCUCGAAGGGGCGGGCGUGGGUGACUGGCGGGAGAUCGCGGGGAGAAUCUUGAGGGGACCCUGGAGAGAGAACUAGGGGUCUGUCUAUUUCAGGGUGUUAAAACCUUUAGGGAAUUUAGGAUAAUCUCAGUCCCUACGACGUCCUCCCUUUUCCCCUCACUCCCACCCCUUACACACCUGUAUGCACAGUUGUUACUCUUACUCAAUCAACCCCUUUAGGUUCAAGCUCAGUAGCUACCUUGGGAGCUCGUGUGUUGUUGUGUGCUGUAGUUUGAGUGUACAUAAGCCAAAUGUAGAAGUAUUUCUAAGUUGUGUUUCCUCAACUGCAUGUGGGUAUAAGUUUACUUGGCUAGUCAUGCAAGGCGAGAGAGUCCGGUACUCCUAUUAUCUUCGAAGUGGGAGGGAGCCUAUAAGGACCUUGGUUGGGAGCCUGAAGGUUGGGGGUAAACAAAUGUCUUGACUUCUAAGAGACUACAUCGAUAUGUAGUUCCAGGACUGCCCCUGGGAAACGAACUUCCUCCAAGGCUGCAGACAAAGGGUCCCAUAAAGGCCGGCAUAGGUUCAGAAGUGUGCAAAUUGGGGGGUGGAGGGGGGGGCGGCGGGGAAGAACCCUAGGAGGGUGGAAUAAAGAAUGAUGUUUUUCUCUUGCUAUUAUGUUUGGAGAUUUCAGCUAACCUUCCUUUUAAACUACGAGGCUUGUCCUGAAGGUUGAAGGAAUCUUGUACUGUACUUCCCCUUGGACUAGAUACUUUAGGGUACAAGGGAGGAAGUGGGCGGGAGGGGGGGGAGGAGGGUAAGCAAGUGGCUUGGUCCCUAAGUAACAGCAUCAUUAUGUAGGUCCAGUUCUUGUCCUUUUGUCCCUUGGAAAUUCUCUGCCUUCAGAGCUGCAGAGGGACCAAUGAAGGUAAAUAUGGCCGCAAAGAAGUAGGAAUCCAGAACUAAAGCGGGUGGGGGGCAGCCGACAAGAUAGGAGGACUACUUUUCCAUCAUUAAUGUUAGGAAAACUUAGCUAUCUUUCCUGCCAGCCCCAUUAGUAAGAACCACAUGACAACUAAGUUGGUAAUGAUGGACAGUAACAAGGUAUUUGCAGCUAAGCUUUCCACUGGGUCGUUAUUUUUCCCAAUUUGGUCCUUUAAACAAACCACUUGGUUUUGAUAUUCUUCAUAUCUUGACAAAAACAAGAAACCAAAUAAAGUCUGAAGCUAGCUAAACAUCCCCAAAUGAACUUAAGCAACCUUAUUUAGUGAAACUAAACUGUUCCUGAGCUAACUCGAAGGUUCCAAACUGUUCCCAAACAUUGUUGUUUAAUAAACAUGAAGAUGCCCCCA